UAAUAAGAAAGAUUCGGUGCGCGUAAGCUUAGAGUAGCUCCUUUACAACCUUUCGGUUGCGAUCAAAAAUGAAGAAAUGCCACAUUGGUACGAUCUACCUCCCUCACCGUAAUUUUUUGGGCGGGUAAGUGGUAGGUACUGCUUCAUGUAAGCUUGUUUAAAUGUUCGACAUAUGAAUUGGUUCCACGCCUUUCAAAUUCAUCACGAUGGUUCGUCGCAGUGGUAAAAACUGUGGUAGAGCUUUUUCGAAGGUUGGUUUCUUCCUUCUUAAGCUUCUAAGACUUUUUCUUACCAUCAUGGUCUGUGUAGUCUUUAUAGCAGAUGGAUGCGGUAUUCGCACGCGCUCUCGUAUAAUGGGAGGCUACCAAGCUGCACCUCAUUCGUGGCCUUGGCAGGUCACGCUUAUGACUCCUGACCGUGAGCCUUUCUGCGGAGGAACAUUAUUAGAUGAAUUUUGGAUUGCCACCGCGAGCCACUGUUUGAACUAUUUGAGAGAAGGAGAUGUUAUAGUUAGAGCUGGUACACACCACCGAACCAAGAUAAAUAAAUGGGUGCAGGACUUACGGGUGCGACCGAUUUAUCGACACCCGAAGUACAACGAUCCCGUUAUGUUCGCAAAUGAUGUGGCCUUGCUCCUGCUGGACCGACCAGUCCAGUUGAACAGCGCAGUCCGCCCAAUUUGCUUGCCUGACAAGGAUGACAAACCUGGAACAGAUUGCACGGUGACCGGUUGGGGUCGCUUGGGUCAUUCUGGUACGCAUCCAGACUUUCUCAUGCAGGUGACCAUUCCCAUCGUGCCCUAUUCUACCUGCCAAAAGAUCUACCCAGGAGACGUCCACGAAAGUAUGCUGUGUGGAGGACAUCUGGAGGGCGGAAAAGAUGCUUGUGUUGGUGAUAGUGGUAGACCAUAUGUUUGCGAACACAAAAAUCACAUUUGGAAACUGGAGGGAAUCGUUAGCUGGGGUUACGGUUGUGGAUGGGAGAACAACCUGGGUGUUUAUACCAAUGUCACUCAUGUACGUGGGUGGAUAAAGAGUGUAUCACAUAUAUAAUAACAUCAGUGAAUAGCUAAAAAUUAAUGAUUUUACCGCUUUUGAUCGAUUGACUCUUAUUGACGAAAAACGCCUCCUGUUUGCUCAAUAUUAGAAUAAAAUUAAAGAUGUUUGUGCUAGUAUUUGAAAUGCAGCCUAUAUAAGUGAAAACGUAAUUGUUAAUAAAUAUUGAUGUGAUAUCAUAAUUUCUCUUGGUAUGUGGUAUUAGGUAUGUAGCAUUAGGUAUUGGACAAUUUGUGAGGAAAAUUUAAAAGUACGUCAUGAAGUUGGUAGACAUUUUAAACUCUUAAUCAGGUUGUACUUCACUAGAAUUGAUUAAUUAUAAUUACAGUAAAGUUAAAAUUUUUGGGCAGUCAUUCCUAUUUCAAGAUUCAUUACUAAAUAAUUUACUUUGCCCAGCUGUUUCUCAC